GUUCCUGCUCCGGGAGAAGAGCAGAGAAGGCCGGACAGCGCUCCGGCUCCCUUCGCAGCCGUUGUUCCCCGGCGCUGGACAGACAGCGACCGCCACGUGUGCGUGUGGCGGCACACCGCGCCGCGGGUGGGGGGUUCGCAGCGUUCCCGCAGGCCUCCGACAACUGCAGCUGCAGGUUGCGGCGGGUCUCCCGCUGCCUAGCUAUGGCCCGUAAACUAGAAGCGGCAGCUCCCCGCCGGUUAACGGGUCCAGGAGCUCGCCCGGGAGGGCCCGGCCCGGCCCCGCUCGCCUUCCCUCGCAGCGGGCUGGACGGCAGCGCCCCACAGCGUCCCCCACCGGCCGCGCCGCGCCACCAGGCGCCACAAGCCGCCGCGCAGCCCCUUUAAGCCCCGCCCCGCCUGGCGCGUCCCGGUCGGUGGCGUGCGGGGCGGGACCUGGGGCGCGGUGGCGGCGGCGGCCGGGGCGUUGGGCGGGCGAGACGCCGGGGCGGCCGGGGCGCGCGGCCGCCGACCUUCAGCCCCACCGCUGCGGCACCGCCGCCCCGCCGCCCCUCCGCCGCGCACCGCACCACGCCGCCCGCCCAGGCGCCGGCCUCCUCCUCGUCCCGCGACCCGCUGCCGAGCUGCCAGGUGUGUGAAUCAACCUAUCGUCACUGAAUCAUCUCUUUAAUCAUACUGACUUGACAACCAUUGUAUGCCAGCUUGUGUCAACACCAGACCGGGGUGCUCCUGAUCAACCGGACCUUUCGGGAAUUUUUUAAAAAGAAACUUCGGUGGGUAAAAGAUGUGCCAUGGAAUGGUAGCACCAAAGAGCAACACAGGAUCGUCUCUUGCCUUGACUAGCCAUGGGUUAUUUCUUCUGCUAGUUAUCUUUGGUACCUUUGUCUUGGAAGCACAGGCCACAGGUUGGCUCAGCAAAUCCAAAGGACCUACAUAUUGUCCCCAGCCACCACAGCCUGAGAAUGGAGGCUAUAAAUGCCACCCUAGCCCCUGCAACAACCCUCUGACUUCAGGCAGUGUCAUAGAGUAUCUGUGUGUUGAAGGCUACAUGCUGAAGGGAGACUAUAAAUACCUGACCUGCAAGAAUGGAGAGUGGAACCCGGCCAUGGAAGUCAGCUGCAGGCUCAGCCCGGAAAAGGACUCUCCUCCGACAAUUGGAGUACCCACGCUGUCCAUAGUAGCCUCCACAGCAAGCUCCGUUGCCCUCAUUCUGCUCUUAGUUGUGCUGUUUGUUUUGCUGCAGCCAAAGCUGAAGUCGUUCCAUCACAGCAGGCGAGACCAAGGUGUGUCUGGAGAUCAGGUCUCUAUCAUGGUGGAUGGUGUCCAAGUGGCCCUGCCAUCCUAUGAAGAAGCGGUGUAUGGCAGCACAGGGAACUGCAUUCCACCCUCGGACUCCCGAGUGCAGAUCGUGCUCUCAGAGGGAGCUGGGCAGAAUGGAGCCAGAGAGAUGCAGCAGCAGGACCAAGGGGCUCGCAAUAGCUUUGAAAGAGAAGAUGAAGCCCCUGGACGUUCUGGACUGUGUGAAGCCAGUGGCUCUCAACGCUCUGAAACUGUUCUCGUGCAUCAGGCUGCUACCUCUUCCUGGGUAGCUGGCAUGACUAGCAGUAGACCUGUACACAAAGAGGUCCAAGAUUCAGAAAGCAGUGACAUACAGAGCCUUUUAUCACUCACUUCCUCCGAGGAAUACACAGAUGAUAUUCCCUUAUUGAAGGAAGCAUGAGGCCUGCUGUGUUUGCCUAGCCUUCUCCCUCUUGGAUUUCUUCCUCUUCCCCUCCCCCUGCCUUCGAGACAGAAGCACUCUGUGCAGCCUUCCCCGUCCUCGCGAGCUGUACCCUGGAUACCUCCAAGCAGAGACGCCCUCAGCUGAAGAUCCAAAGGAUGUCGCCAGGUUGCCUCCUGGAUGCACCAGUGGGGUUGGUGCAGCGCUGGCUUCCCCAUUCCAUCUGCAUCAGGGGCUCAAGGAACAGAGUGGAUUUGAGCUCUCCUCUCCUCUUCCCCAGCCAGAUGUUUGACAGCAGUCUCUGAAGAGCUGCUCUUUUCUUGUGCCUUUCUCCUCCUCACUCCGGCUUGUUGCAGCUUAUCAGCCUCUCUAGCCCUUCCGCCGCCCACAGAGCAGGGGCUGAAACCGCUUGCUCACUGGGUGCAGACACAGUUUAUAUAUACGUAUAUAUGUUAUAUAGGCUCUUCUUCCAGCAUCCCCUUUGUGACGGGGCAGGACAAAAUGCCUCACUGGGACUGAAGCUGGGUUUGGGAGGGUUCCCAGUUAAGGGGCAGCUCGUGACGUCUAGAAGCGCCUCAGAUGAGAUGGGCUGUGUGACAGCUGUGCAAUAACAGUUCAUUGAGAAUUGCUAGAGCGCUGAAGGCUGAGAAGUCCAACGUGCAGGAAUGCCCUCUAACCCCUUCUCAAAAACCAUCUCUGCAGGAGUCCGUUCCUGAAAAUCACUUUUGUCUCCUCCUUCCUUCUCUACCUGUGCAGCCCACUUGGUUAUGCUUUGUCUUUAGAAGCUGGGACUGGGACUGGGACUGUACCACCAGUAAACCAACCCUUUCCGUUUUGGUUCAGUGCCAGAGCAGCUCCUGAUGUUAGGUUGUAGAAGAGUCUUGGAGAAUGGCCAGUGGUUAGCAGGGUCCAGAAAGCUCGGAGGAUGUGACUUUCAGUUAACCAGCCCUGUGUUAACUGUGAGUUAGCCCCGUUCACUGAGGCAUCAGGAGUAGAACCAAAUUUGUGGCCCUGCUCUUCUGAAUAAGCUGUGUGUCUCAAAGCUCUUUCAGUUAAGGUGGUUCUGCACUAAUGCUUAGGUUCCUUUUGGUCAGAUCUUCAGGCACAGGUAGCCCUUUUCAAAUGUAAUUGAGAAAUGGUUCAGGUGUUUGAAAACAUCAAGAGAAAAAAUGCCUAUAGGUAGUGAAUGCCUAGUGCCAUUGGGGCGAUCCCCAAUUACCUUUCCAGCUACACUAGGUACCUUGGUACUUGGAUCCUGGGUAGCCACCAUCUCAGAGGCUAGUGUGGCUUCCUAGCCUCAUACAGCAAGAGUCUGCUGUUUCAUCCUAAUGGGCUUAAUGGGCCCACAGAGAAGGGCUUCUUCCUUGUGGCUGGGAGUCAGCAGCAUUUAUAAAGUCUCUCCUAAAUACAACUCAGUUGCCUGUUGCCACGAGGGAAGGCUGGCUACGUUGACAGCAGUGCCAGAGGACACCAUAGCUUAUUUCUGAACCUAAGUUUUGAAGAUUGUUUCAAGUUCUGGUAGCAGGGAAAAGAAAAUCCAAAAAUAUGUAUACCUCUGCCCCCCCCGCCCAGUUAUCUAUAGCAGGCCAGGAUAUCCUGGUUGCUGUUAACAGGACUGUCUUUUUGCAGGAAGCCACGUUCAUCUGGGGCAGGUGAUCCAUUCACAAAAGUGUUGUGGUGCUUGUAAGGUUCUUCCUGGGGGGGCGUGGUCUGGACACUCUGUUCCCUGGGCUUGGUUUCAGCAGGAAGAGUUGGCUUCUUAGAUGCAUGUACCUUGUCAUAACUGUCUUGAAGUAACAAGGGGAGUGUUUGCCCUGUGAGAAGCUGCUAAAUUUUUAUUUGAGUUGAAGGAGCAAAAUGUCAUGGCCUUAUACAUCAUGUGGUAAUAUACAGGUAAAUAGGGAUGCUGUCUUUGCUGGUUUGCUUUUGGGUUUUGAUCUUCACCAUCCUCGUUGUUUCAGGAACAUACCAUCACGGCACUCAGUAAAAGUAACAACACCUUUAUAUAUAAAAGUCACUGUGGCUUAGCUCCAGUUCUUGGAAAUGGAGAUUGGCCAUAGUAUCCAGCCGUGCACCUACUGCUCCUGUUCCUGAUUAGCUCUUAAAUCCCAGGACACCUGGAACAGCGUGUGCCUGUGGGUGAAAGAAUCCUAUUUUCCCUAUCCUUGUUUUAGAGGGAUGUUAUUAAUUUAAAAAUACAGUAUUUUAAACUUCCUUCUCUAUCGCUCAUGUUACCUGGCAUUAUCACAAGGAUUUGAUAAAUCUGGUUUGGGUGGUUUGGGUAUUUUUUGUUCAGUUUGGAUGAUGAAAAUCCCAUGUCUUUUUACAGCAGGCUGCGGUCUCUCAGCUUCAGGCACUGUAAAGGGCAGAUGUUGUUUCUACAUCUGCUGUUGGAAUUUUAGAAAAUAAGCAUGGGAAUGUUUGUAUUUAGUUUUUAACUCCUACCUUGGAAAUGAUCUAAACUUGAGCAAAUUGUCUUAUUCACUGGUUUCAUCAGGGCAGAUGGAGGGACCCAGGGUAUGUAGUGGUAAGGCUGAAGGAGUGUGGAGAGAAGAAUGUGACUUCUUUCCUGCUACCUAACCAGCUCAGAGCAGGAGGAGUUGCUCUCUAUGCAUUCAAGGUCCUCUCUACUCAAACUGACCCUCAGCAAUCAAGGUGUAGAAGUCGGGUAGGUGCUACCUCCCCACAAGGGACAGUCCGGUGUUGGCACCGGCUCCGUGGGAGAAUCCCACAGCGAAGCUGGAAGCUGAUCCUGAGGCCUGACCUUGCCCUGGACGAGCGCUUGCUCUGCCAGCAGAAGGCACGUGCUCUGUGGCCCUGCUUCCUCCCCACUGUUGUAAAGCAAGCAGCUGCCGGUUUGGGAGAGAAAAUUCAAUUUGGGUGGGGAAGAGGAGGAAACAAGCUGCAGAGAAGAGGGAGUGCUUUAAUUUUGCUUCAUUUAUAGAAAUUGUGGGAAAUGGCUUUACUAAGGAGGGGGGGAAAUGCAGAGGUGGAGGGAAAUACGUAAGCGUAGAUCUUGUGAUCAGGCAUAACCAGGCGGCUUCUGCUGGCUUGCUGAGAGGGUAAACCAGCGGCUCCCAGGCCAGGCUCUGCUGUGCUGGCUGGUAACCCCAGCUGAUGCUUCCAGUGCCUGCAGAAGAGCCUGUCCCCUGCAGCAGGACCUGUGCAAGCCAGAACGUGAGAACUGGUUUGGGGGCAUCACGUUCCUCUUGCCCAAGUCCUCAGCUUUAGAGUUUAUUUUCAUAUAAAAUAAGGUAGAGUGGCAAGGGAGGAACCUGAGAGAUGUCUGCUUGACAAUUUUUUUUCAAGGGGGGGGGAGGGAGCAAGGUCUCACUUUACUGAUUAUCAAGUGAUUGCUACUCAUUCCUGUUUGUUUGCAUUCUGCAGAGGCUGAAGGAUUGGGAAGUAUUUUGGGCAGAGAUUUAGAAAAACGAAAUUGCACAGUCCUGUCUUUACUUACAGGAGCAAGGGCUGAGGGUGAAAGAUCCCUCAGUCGUGAGCUCUGCUCCAUCUCGGGAGCAUUUGUUACUUCUGAGCAAAGAGUGUGUCCUUUGGCUGUUGCCAUAGGUAGGUGCAGCCUGGAUUUUGGGGUGGAUGGGGAGCACAGGGGCUCAGCCUUGCAAGAUGUAACGCAGCAAAUGAUUUUUUUUCUUUUGUUUUGUUUUUUUCCGAUGGGGCCACAGCCUCCUUACCUUUUUUCCCCACCUUUUCUUCUGGCAGAAGAAUUCAAAGGGAGGUAUUUUUUCUUAUUAAACACUCCCAACAUAAUCAUCUCAUGUUCUGUCACACAUGCUGGAUCUUGUGAUAUUCAAGAAUAUUAAAAUGAUUUAAUUACAUUGGAAAAACAAAAAUAGCACUUAUUUUGAAGGGUUUUGUUAUUUCUGGAGUCUGAUAGGUAAAAAAAAUUAGAAGGGCAUUUCAGAAGUUCAAAGUACUAUGUGCAAUAAAAAAACCUCCUUGCUCCUUUUCAGUUGCAUAGUUUUUUUUAAAAAAAAAUCAGUAAAAUGCAGCCUACUGCAGUGUUUACAGCCCAGGCAUUGCAGAACUUAGAGCAGUCCAAGAGAACCAGAAAGUGAAGCUGACAGUAACCCAUGGGGAAGCGGGGCAGUCUCCUGUCGGGACCUGCAUCGUGAAGCUCAGCUCCAGCGAUGAGCCAGCUUGGGUUGUGUCAGAGCCUCCUGCCACCUUGAAGGGGGUCAGCGGCAUUGGUGAGAGAUGGCUUUGGGCUUUCUGCUUUAAAUAGCUUGCAGCUCCCUGGCAUUAACUGCAGAAGAGAUAAAAAAGUGAAAUUGGGAGGAGAGACGUGCUGCAGCAUGUGAGCCUGUGGAGUUGUUGCUGAGUUAAAACUUCAUGAGUUUGGGAGGGAGAAGAGCUUAAUGCAUUUUUAUCCCUUUUUUUAAACUACCAGGGAACUUGCUGUGUAGAAAACAGCUUACUCAGCAAGCAUACGGCUCGUUGCUAACCCCAUGGACGUCUCCCCUGAGGUUUCUCCUUAGCCUUUCAGCUCUGGUGUGGCGAUUCUUUUAAUGCAUCUGGAGCCUUUCUUUGGCCUUUCAGCACGUGGAGAAGUCAGGUGUGUUAGGAAGAAAUCUGUUCCCCUUGUUUUGGGAGGAAACACCCUGAGGUGAUGACUUGGGUCAGUACUGAGGAGCGAGGCCGAGGGAGCAACAGGCUUGGCCAUUGGAAAGAACCUCAGAUGGUGAAGUCAUUGGCAGCACAGAAAAGGGAACACAAGGCGGGGGGUAAGGAAGAGCGUUGACUGAAAACAGGUAUGCUGCAGGCUAAUGAGCUAAUGCUUUCAUGACUGGGUUCUAAGGAAGCUUGUGCUUUUUUUUAGAUGAUUUAGCAGACACCAGCAGGCUUGCUGUAUAAAAAAAAAAUUAACGUACAACUGGUUGGACACACUGAGAUUUCCUUGUUGACCUUUUUAGAAUAUAUUUGCAAAACCUGGUUUUACUGUUCUGAUAGUUGUUUUAAAAAAAAUAAUAAUCUGCCUUAUUACUCUAUCCAGAUAACUAAUUAAAUCAGUUUCACUUUCUGGUUUCUGUAUAUCAAUGCAAUAAAUCCCAUCAGUUUUGCACAUCCUGCCUCACCCCAUCCUCACCCUUCAGUCCUUACCAGGGAACUGCAGAUUGACUUGCUCUUUGUGAACACCUUUGUUUGCAGAAGAACUUAUUAGAAAACAUUUAUUCUCUAUGAUACGCUUUGAAAGCGCAGAGAGUUUUCCUAGGGCAGGCUUCAUUUUAAGGCAUAUUUUUGUACAGGAAACAAGCCUUUUUCCCAACCUUCAUCCCUUUCUCCUGCCCUUCCACACCAGGACAGAGCAGGCCACUUCCCACACUUCAGGGCCCUGAGUUCAGCACUGCUUCCAAACUCGACCCUCUGCAGAUGAUGUACGGAUACGCGUACCCACCACAACGGGUUCUACCGAUGCUUUGCGUAUGCUUUCUGUAAGCUGGGCUUUUGCUUCUGUCCUGGGGUGUGCAAGGACAGAGGCAACUGAGUUGUGCUGGAAAAUGUUUUAGUUCUGAUUCUCAAAUUUGCUUCCUUCCAAAAGAAAUCAAAGCAAAGUUGUCUGUGAAGCAGAUGUCCUCUGAUGCAAUGGGUAGACCGCUGGUGGUUGCUGAUGCAAAUGCAAGGGGAGCUUGAUUGCCUUUGUGCAUUAAUCUUCUUUCCUGUAUGUGUUUUCUUUUUAUCUGAAUUGCACCACUAUGGGAAUUAUUUGCAGAAUGGUACUCCAUAUAUAUGUGGGAUUUAAAAACAAAACCAUAAUUGAUGCUGUGCAGGAUGUCACUCAAUCGGUUUUAUUUUGCUUUAUUUUAUAUAUAUUUUUUCUGGUAUCCUGUACAUUGCAGUGGGUGUGAAGAUAGUAUUUUAAUAUUUGUACAAAGUCUAAUUUAAUUGUUCUAUGUAUAUAACUGCAUUUCUAAAUUAAAAAAAAAAAGUUCUUUUGAAGUGAA